AUGUACGGGCUAGAGUCGGUUGCACAGUCACUUGCGAGGGUAAAUAGCGAUGGAUCCAAAAGUGUGAAGCUACGGAAGUCAUACAAGAAUCACAUACUGGAUUUGCCAGGAAAGCAUCAAAUACCUGGACCAAAACCAAUCAAUGGAGGACUUUUAGAUCCCAAUUUGACUCACCAACCAGAUAUCAUAAAGGAAAUAAAUGGGGAUCUUUUAAGUCAAGCUUUUAAAUUCGACAAGACGCCCAUUAAUGGCAUUCCAGGUUUUAAUACAGCUGAUUUAGCAAUCAACGACCAGCACACUUUAAUGAGAGGUGAUGACAUGAGCGAGAAUGACGAUUACAAGAAAAAGAGAAAGAAAAGACAACAAAACGGAAGUGAUAUCAAAAGGCAACACAUUGGAUGA